ACAAAGCAGCAGCAGCAGCUAUUCAGCAACCACGGUAGCUUCCUAGCCAACAAUGCCUAGGCAUUGGAGCUCUUUAGACGCUUUCGUUGUAUAUUUGCCUCUGUGUUAUAAAAUAUAACGUACUUCUUUCGUAUAGCUAGUUGACCCAUUUAAUUUCAUAUUUACGUUGUUAAUCAGGUUAGUAGCGAGCUGGCUUGCUAAAUUAGCUUAGCACCGGGCAAGUCGUUUAUCCUAACUAACUUAGCUAGUUAACAUCGCCAACCAUGAGCUCAUUAAGCUACUCCCCUCCUGCUAAAGAAGAGGAGGUGGUUUGCUGUACAUUAUCGUAAAAGAAGAAGAGGAGGGUAUUACAGUGAAAAGAGAAAUAAGCUUUCAGAAUGAAAAAGAAGGAAGAGGAGGAGAAUGUUACAGUGAAAGAAGAGAAAGAACAUUUUGGCGAGGAAGAGGGUAUAGAGACUGUCACAGUGGAAGAGGAUGAGGUAGAAUCUUUAUUCAGAAUGGAAGUGGAGGCUAUCAGUGUCACAUUGAAGGAGGAGGUAGAAGCUUUCAGAAUGGAAGCAGAGGCUAUCAAUGUCACAUUGAAGAAAGAGGAGGAUGUUACAGUGAAAGAAGAGAAAGAACAUUUUAGAGUGAAAGAUGAAGAGGGGAUAGAGGCUGUCACAGUGGAAGAAGAGGAGGAGGUAGAAGCUUUCAGGAUGAAAAAGGAGGAAGAGGAGGCCAUCACAUUGAAAGAAGAAGAAGAGGAGGAUGUUAUAGUGAAAGAAGAGAAAGAACCUUUUGGAGAGGAAGAGGAGGCUAUCUUAAGAGAAGAGGAGGAGGAAGACGUUUUGGGAGAUGAAGAGGUGGAAGCUUUCAGAAUGAAAAAGGAGGAAGAAGAGGAUGAUGUUAUAGGGAAAGAAGAGAAAGAACCUUUUGGAGUGGCGGAGGAGGCUAUCUUAAGAAAAGAGGAGGAGGAAGAUGUUUUGGGAGAUGAAGAGGAGGAGGAAGGAGAGGAGACUGAAGAUCUGAUUAACACCAGAGAGGGACCAGACUCUCACUCUGACCGUGAGAAGAGUCCUUCAGGGGAUCCAGUCCCAGUGACGCCCGGACCAGUGAGACGACACCACUGUUCUCAGUGUGGAAAGAGUUUUACUCUGUUAGGGAACCUGAAAAGGCAUGAGAAGACACACACGGGAGAGAAGUCUUUCCAAUGUUCACAGUGUGGAAAGAGUUUUACACGAUUAGGGAACCUGAAUAUGCAUGACAGAACACACACAGGAGAGAAACCUUUCCAGUGCUCCCAGUGUGGAAAGGGUUUUACAGGGUUAGGGCAUCUGAAGGAACAUAAAAGAAUACACACAGGAGAGAAACCUUUCCAAUGCUCCCAGUGUGGAAAGGGUUUUACCUUGUUAGGGAACCUGAAUAUGCAUGACAGAACACACACAGGAGAGAAGCCUUUCCAAUGCUCCCAGUGUGGAAAGGGUUUUACACAGUUAGGAAAUCUGAAGGAGCAUGAAAGAACACACACAGGGGAGACAUCUUACCAUUGCUCUUUGUGUGGAAAGGAUUUUGCCAAGUUAGGGAGCCUAAAGGAACAUAAAAGAAUACACACAGGAGAGAAACCUUUCCAAUGCUCCCAGUGUGGAAAGAGUUUUACAAGGUUAGGGCAUCUGAAGGAACAUGAAAGAAUACACACAGGAGACAAGACUUUCCAAUGUUCCCAGUGUGGAAAGAGUUUUACACGGUUAGGGAACCUGAAAAGGCAUGAGAGAAUACAUACAGUCUUUCCAAUACGCCCAGUGUGUAGCAGGAACCGGCUCAGAGAACAGAACCAAAAACUGGAAAAAGUUGAGAAACAGAACCUGGAAAGAAAGUGAUCUCUACUUUUCUGGAACAGAACCGUUAUUUUAAUUGCGUUGGAAACGGUUAAUAACUUUCUUUUAAAGUAACUGCCCAGUGAAAAUCUCACUUUAAAAGUUCAUUCUGUUAACUCAUAUGUAAAUGUUGUUGACUUGUCCUAUACUUGUGUUUGUAGACAAAGCAUAAAUUGAAGAAAAACACUUU